CCUCGGAGGUAUGAACCGUGUUGGAAACGACAGAUGUUACCAGGUGUUGGUACGGUUCUUUAGCAAUGGCUAACACCGAAUGGGCUGACUAUUCUUAAAUCUUAUUGCUUUCACUAAUGGAGAGAUCAGCUUUGCUUCUCACGGACGGCGGUCGAUAGCCCCGCCCACUCACCCCGUUCACUAUCACAAUGUUCACUCUGAUGCGCUGUGAUUGGUCCUAGAAGCGCAUCGAACGGUUCAUCGUUCAACGCUAACGUCGCUCGCGUGUUAUCGUAUAAAUACACACGAUAUCGCUGUCAGUUCUUUAUUCUGCGACUGAACUUAGCUUCGGUAGCACGUAUUUCUCGUUUUAAUUCGAAUUUCUCUUUAUAUCGUCCUUCAAGAAUGCCGCCCAAGACGAGUGGUAAGGCUGCCAAGAAGACAAGAAGCAAGGCCCAGAAGACCAUCAUCAAGGCGACGACGGAAACUAAUUACGCCGCCUACGUCGCCAAGGUGCUGAAGCAGUUCCACCCGGACAUCGGUAUCUCCGGCAAGGCAAUGUCGAUCAUGAACUCGUUCCUGAACGAUAGCUUCGAGCGUAUUGCCGGAGAAGCGUCUCGUCUCACCCAGUACAGCAAGAGAUCGACCAUCACCGCCAAGGAUAUCCAAACCUCGGUCAGGUUCCUGUUGUCCGGUGAUCUCGCCAAGCAAGCCGAAAGAGAGGGUGUCGAGGCCCUGGCCAAGUACACCAGUUCACAUCUCGUCGACGACACAUUUUCGACGACGAAUGAACUCGACGGUUGUUCUCUGCGCGAUAUCAAGGAGUAUAUCGGCGCGCAGUACAAAGUCGAUGCCGAGAGACUGGCUCCGUUCCUUAGAAACGAUCUGAAGGGCGCUGUCGAAGAAGGUACGCUCAUCCCGACGUCAAGGCCAUCACCUUUCGUCAAACGUAAGCUUCGCAAAAAGUGA